GAAGGGCUGGGGAAGACUGGGGUGAGAAGGGUAGAAGAGGGCGGGUGGUGGGAUGGGGAGGGCAGAGUGGGGAGGCCCUGGGCAGACCCUGGCAGAAGGGGCCCGGGGCAGGGUGUGGGUUCACCGUUGGCAGGGCCAGGUGAGCUAUGUGGCCUCAGCUGCUCCUCUUGCUGCUGGCCCCACGGGGUGGGCAUGGCUGCCAUGGGCCGGAGCUGGACCGGGAACUUGUCCUGGCCAAGGUGAGGGCCCUGUUCCUGGAUGCCUUGGGAGCCCCAGCAGUGACUGGGGAAGUUCGGAAUCCUGGAGUCAGGCGUCUGCCCCGAAGACAUGCUGUGAGGGGCUUCACGCACAGGGGCUCUGAGCCCGAGGAAGAGGAUGUCUCCCAGGCCAUCCUUUUCCCGGCUACAGGUGCCAGCCUAGGGGACGAGCCAGCUGCCAGAGAGCUGGCCCAGGAGGCCAAGGAGGGCCUCUUUACAUAUGUGUUCCGGCCAUCCCAGCACACACGCAGCCGCCAGGUGACGUCGGCCCAGCUGUGGUUCCACACGGGACUGGACAGGCAGGAGACAGCAGCCGCCAAUAGCUCUGGGCCCCUGCUAGGCCUCCUGGCACUGUCAUCUGGGGGUCCUACAGCUGUGCCCAUGUCACUGGGCCAGGCACCCCCUCGCUGGGCUGUGCUGCACCUGGCCGCCUCUGCCUUCCCUCUGCUGACCCAUCCCGUCCUGGCGCUCCUCCUGCACUGUCCUCUCUGUUCCUGCUCAGCGCGGCCCGAGGCCACCCCCUUCCUGGUGGCCCACACUCGGGCCAGGCCUCCCAGCGGAGGGGAGAGAGCCCGCCGCUCCACGCCCCCGCUGCCCUGGCCUUGGUCUCCCACCGCGCUGCGCCUGCUGCAGAGGCCUCCGGAGGAACCCGCUGCGCAUGCCGACUGCCACAGAGCGGCCCUCAACAUCUCCUUCCAGGAGCUGGGCUGGGAAUGGUGGAUCGUGCACCCUCCCAGUUUCAUCUUCCACUAUUGUCAUGGGGGCUGUGGGCUGUCCACCCCGCCGGACCUGUCCCUGCCGGUCCCCGGGGCACCCCCUACCCCUGUCCAGCCCCUCUCUUUGGUGCCAGGGGCCCAGCCCUGCUGCGCUGCUCUCCCAGGGACCAUGAGGCCCCUACGUGUCCGCACCACCUCGGAUGGAGGUUACUCUUUUAAGUAUGAGACGGUGCCCAACCUGCUCACGCAGCACUGUGCUUGCAUCUAAGGGGGUCCUGCUG